UAAAGAAGCCUGAUGAUGUCAGACGAAUUGUCAGUUUUAACACCACAUCAAACAAACACGUUCCGCUAAUUUGUAUUUAAAUAUCCGCGUGAGAUCACCACGUUUCGUUUAUUUUCCCACGAUUUUCAAACGCGCCGUAAAGAUUUCAAUUACCUCGAUCAAGUUUAUAAUUAAUGUCGAAAAAUCGUAUUAAUCGAUAUUAAUCGGUAACCAAAACGCCACGUCGCAACACGAUCAAAGACGUACAAUUUAAAUAUUAAAUUCCUCCGUGCGAUUACCGCGAAGGCGCGAAAUAAAGUUUUCGAAGUAAAAUAAUAAGCUGUCAGAAAAGACUGUCGUGGCAUCAAGCAUGAAACGAGAUUCCGCUCUCAUACGCGCGUGUCGUCCACAACGUCACGCGGAACGCCACGGAAAUGGCGGCACUUGGAGUUGGUCGGCGCGUUAGUUCCGAGCGCUGGCGCGGGGGCAGCACCUGCCGGCGCGGCGCGCCAUCCGCGCGACGCUACAUCUCUCGGUGACACGGGGAACCGACAGCUGACCCGCCGGCGUACAGUAGCUCUCUCGCCUCCUGGAGUGGUGCCUCGUCACUCUUUCGCACUCGUGCGAAAAACCCCCGAGCGUACGAGCGGAGGAGGAGUCGCGUCGCCAUCUUUAGGCACGGUUGUACCCAUCUCGGUCUGCCGCUGUCUCCGCCGACGUCAUCGUCGUCGUCGUCGUCGUCGCUCGCUCGUCGUCGACGACGCGCGCGAGAGAGCCGACGGCAAUCGUACACCUCGCGCGCAACGGUGCAGCGGUGUUAGCCCCGUUCGCCGUCCGCGAACUGCUGGUUGAUUGGUGCGACGCGGCCGCCGAUCGAACGCGAAGCGGAAUCUCGCCGCGCGCGAGAACGAAGGUAACCCACGCAGUAUAUCGAUAUACCUCAGUGCGUGCCGCGCUCUCGAGUUUGCGUUUCGUGCCGGGGAAAGUGAGGAAGCGAGGUGCGCGCCGUGAUUAGCUUCCUCGUUUCACGAGAACGUCUCUCUCCACGCUGUCCUCUUUGAUAUCUCUCCCCCUGCGUUGUCCGCUGGCUGGCCUGGCCAGGUUCGUGAACGUCAUCAGGGGCAGGAGAACGAACGAACGAACGAUCUAUCUGUCUGUCGGGACGUUGUCGUGAUCGCAUUAUUGCCCGAAGAGUGGUGCUCGGUGCGCUGGUCGCAUCUAGACGAUCGGCAACAGCUUUACGGGAUCGGAGCGCAUUCCUUUCCGUGCGAUCGUGUCUCGCAUGCAAGUGAGCUCUGCCGGAAGUGCGGGGAACAUUAACGCGACGUAUCGCCGUGUGUGACUUUGCGCGACUUUCGAGUGCGGAACACAACGAGAGAGCGAGACACCUAAUCGUGGCGCUCGCAGCGGAGCUGGCCGAAUAGACGGAACACCGAGAGACGGGAGGGACAGACGGCCGGACGAAACGAACGUGCGAGGGAAAGAGGGAGAAACGGCACCGUCGCCGUCGCCGUUGCCCUCGCCGCCGUCGAACGACAACGACGACGGACUGGUACAAUUGACAGGGAAGAUGGCGCGUGCCGCGGACGAGGAUCGCUGCUGACCCAUUUUUUUUCCGACGCGCCGAAUCACCGGGAGUCGGGAGCCUCUCGCCGAAGGACGACGGUGGAGGAGGUGGAGGAGGAGGAGGAGGAGGAAUCUCUCCCUCGCCCGACCCCUCUGGCACUCUCUCUCGCUCACGCUGUCCGCGGGCGAGCGCCGUUCGCGGAGCGUGGUGACGAUCGCCGGGAAGAAGUAUACUCGGCGUCGGCAGGGAAGGAAGUUGUCGAAGAGAGAGAGAGAGAGAGCGCGCGGACUCCGGAGUUGCGCCGGGAGGGUGCCCUCUCGCGCCGCGCUCGCGCUCGUGCGCGCCUCUCCCGCCUGCGUGUGUGUGCGUGUGGCCCGUUUUCGUAACGUGUGAUUACAUCCGCGCGAAAGUGUGCGUGCCCCGUCUCUGUCUCACCCCUUUUCGUGUACAAUUUGUACCUCUCUCCCUUCUUUGAUACCUGGUGUAAAGCAUAAGAGAAUUCUUGUUGGGUAUCCUACGAGGAAUCCUGCGAACGAGGAUAGUACAACGUGGAUAACGCAUCGUCGUCGUCGUCGUCGGCACGGAGCACCUUGUAUAGCCCGAUUCAGGGCGCGACGAAGGGGAUCGUUCGGCCAUCGGCAGCGCGGUAGAAGGUGGCAAAAAUUCUGAAGAAACCGGAGCUCGGCAGAGCCCUGGCUGGCUCGGCGGCGGCUGCGGACGCGGACGUACGCCGACGAAGACGCAGCAGUCCUCUGGAUUACUUCGAGCCCCGUGGAGCUGCCCUGGCAGGCUCGGGCACCAGCGCGGCAGCUAAGAUGGGCAACAAUGCCGCAACCGCCAACAAGAAGGUUGACGCCGCCGAGAGCGUCAAGGAAUUCCUCGACAAGGCGAAGAAGGAGUUCGAGGAUAAAUGGAAGAAGAACCCGACCAACACCGCCGGGCUGGACGACUUCGAGCGCAUCAAGACUCUGGGCACUGGGUCGUUCGGUCGCGUGAUGAUCGUUCAACACAAGCCCACCAAGGAGUACUACGCCAUGAAGAUACUCGACAAGCAGAAGGUUGUCAAGCUGAAGCAGGUGGAGCACACGCUCAACGAGAAGAGGAUACUACAGGCCAUUAGCUUCCCGUUCCUCGUGUCGUUGCGCUUCCACUUCAAGGAUAACUCUUACCUGUACAUGGUGCUGGAAUACGUGCCCGGCGGCGAGAUGUUCAGCCACUUGCGCAAGGUUGGCCGCUUCUCUGAGCCGCAUUCGCGUUUCUACGCGGCCCAGAUCGUGCUCGCGUUCGAGUACUUGCACUACCUCGAUCUGAUCUAUCGGGAUCUGAAGCCGGAGAAUCUGCUGAUAGACUCGCAGGGUUACCUGAAGGUCACCGACUUCGGCUUUGCAAAGAGGGUGCAGGGUCGCACGUGGACCCUGUGCGGCACGCCCGAGUAUCUAGCGCCCGAGAUCAUUCUCAGCAAGGGCUACAAUAAGGCAGUGGACUGGUGGGCGCUAGGCGUAUUGGUCUACGAGAUGGCCGCUGGUUAUCCACCUUUCUUCGCUGACCAGCCGAUCCAGAUUUACGAGAAGAUCGUUAGCGGCAAGCCGCGCUUUCCCUCGCACUUCGGCUCUGACCUGAAGGACCUGCUGCGUAACCUGCUGCAGGUCGAUCUCACCAAGAGGUACGGCAACCUCAAAGCGGGCGUGAACGACAUCAAGGGCCACAAAUGGUUCGCCAGCACCGACUGGAUAGCCGUCUUCCAGAAGCGGAUAGAGGCGCCGUUCAUACCGCGCUGCAAGGGACCAGGCGACACCAGCAACUUUGAUGAUUACGAAGAGGAGACUCUGAGGAUCUCUCUGACGGAGAAGUGCGCCAAGGAGUUCGCUGAGUUUUGAACGCGACGCCAACGACAGGCUGCUUGCACCAGGAGGUGGAAAUACGCGCGUGUUGCACGUUGUGUGAUCGCGCCCCAUCAUCAUUGUCGUCGUCGGGUUCGAUGCACGACAUCUCUUCGUUGUCGCCGUAGUCGUCACGUUGGUUCGCUUCUUUCGAGAGAGUAAGAGAGCGGGAGAGAAAGGCGAAAGAAAGCAGCGGAAGAGAAUGAGAGGGAGAGAAAGAGAGAACGAAAGAGAGAGAGCGUAUGGUGUGUGACGAUGCUCGCGCUCGCGUGAUGCAUCUGCGUGUAACGAAAGCUUUUGCGAAACGGACCGAGAAUUUUUCGAGGGCGAAGCUCUUCGCGAGCGAAACUGGAAAGCAGGGUGUGUUAUCCUAGAAUCCGAGAGAGUCGCAGAGAGAAAAAGAGAGAGCGCACACGAUAUGAGGAAUGGAUAUGCGAAUCGACACGUGGCAAUUCGCGCGCGCUCCGUCGUGUCUCGCGAUCGAACUCACGUCGCGUACGAUAGAAUCGCAAUCAGAAACACGAAACAGGGAUGAUAGGGACGUUUUGCACAUCGAUGUUGAGCGUUCAGAAAUUAUUCGCGCGUAAUUUUUGGCCGUGACGUACGAUAGCCGUACGUCACACGCGCCAACAUCACUUUUUACAUGGAGAAAUCUCUUUUUUUUUUUAGCCGGUUAAUCAAUUCGUUAUCGUAAUAAAAACGGCUGUAUACAUAUAUACAUAUAUAUACACACACAUGUAUGUGUAUGCCCCUCCACCCUCAUGUGUCCCCGCUACCCCCCCCUGAUCAUCCGAGAAUGCUUUAUCCGAUUUACGGAGGAGAGGCCGCGUGUAAAGUUCGUUCUUGAUGAUUAACUGUUAUCAGCGUCGGAAAUGUCACCGCACCGAAGUUACCUUGUACAUAUAGUCUCUUGCUGUCUUUACGAACGACGUCCCCUCCCUUCUCCGCUCCCAGUCCCUCGCACGCGUCGUCAUUCCCGGUGUCUCCUCCAACCCUUCAGUAGUCCCCUCGCUCGUCCACUCCCGUUUCCCUCCCGUAUUAUACACAUACACACACGCGCGCGCGCGAGCACUCGAAUCGAGAGGGUGAUACCAUUACCGCACUGAGACAAGUCAUAUCGUGCAUUCAUUCGUUGUCUACUAUUUGUCUCUAUCCUCCUUAUGCGUUUAGAGAGAGGGAGAGAGAGAGAGAAAGAGAGAGUACGAUCCGUAUUUAUAUAGCUAGUCGUUACAAAAGACACAGAUACACAUACAGAAAUAUACACGAUAAUCUCUCUGAAGUACUAUUUAUAUUUUAAACACGCACGUUUUCCAUCGAUCGCCGAUGACGGGCCAAUUGGAGGAAACGAUCUCCUUGCAGUUGUGGAAAAAAAAUACGCGUGUCACGUGAGAAACAUCUCUGCGUAUGUACGCAAAUCGGAUGGAACACGUUCGUCAUCGACGUUGCAUCCGCACGCGAUCAACUCCGAGAUUACUUCGCAGAACGGUUUUAAUCCUCGCAUAGCAUCUGCCCCGAUGUGUUAUCCGCGUUAUCCCAGACGUUGUCCGAUUCUCCGACGUAAGGUUAAUGCGAGAAACUCUAACGUAAGAAAUAAACGCAGCGUACAGAGAAAGAGAUAUAUAUAUAUACAUAUAUAUAAUCGCCAUCUCGAAUCGUUGUAUACGAAGAUAGGAGCGCCCAAUAAUGGCACCGUUUUACGGUUACCGUGACAUAAGGAUAUCUUUAUUACAACACCAAUAUUAGAAGAAUCGCGCGCUAUCGAGCUAUGAACGGUUUAGAUCGCUGACGAUUUUCUGGUAAACAACAUGCAAGUUCUGCACGCACGCGCGCGCGUAAUAGUAUCAUCGAUAUCGUCGUGUUUCAAAUGUCUUCGUAAUAUUAUCUUUGAACUUAGAGACCCGUUAAGCAUUCGCGUAAAGCGAGAGGAAAACAAGCCUGACUAACUGACCAGCGAUCACAACAAUAAGAGCGUCGUAACGAUAGAGAAACGCACAGCACACGAUUAGUAGGACACGAUAAAAAAUAUUAAACCUCAGGCAAAUUAAUAAGCAUCGCAGGCGAUGCUAACGAGGCGUGUCGACCGGCGUGAAGAUUACUCGAUCGGAAGCUAAUGGCGACAGUGUCCGUGAUUACACGAUCGCAGAUUGCGUUAGCCACGCGCGAGCGAUCAUCUCGCCCGGGGAAGAUCGAGCCGAUCGGCUUUCGGAGGACGACGCAGAACACUUUCGCGCGUUGACGUCAACGUCGCGUCGGUGUAGACAAAGUUUCGUUAAUGAGUAAAACGGUCGUUCAGGAUUGGAUUGGGCACACGCCAGCGCGACGUGGCUGGCCGGGGAUCGAUUCAGCAGCGAUGGGCUAACACGCGCGCGGACAAUGCGGAGGAAAUGCGGCACGUAAAUGCGACGACGUUACGAAACUUUUAUAUCCUUUUAGCAUUCGCGAUGAGUUUAAUAUGGACUUUACGAUAUCCCGCGUCGUCCACGCCGAUGCGAGUUCUCCAAGUUCCAUGUAUAGCACCGAAAGAACCGCUUAUAGCGUUCUAAAAUCAAUGAUUCAAUUACGUAAGUGGAGCUUUGACAACCUGCGUUGCGUUCAGGACGAUCGCGAUUCGUAUCGCGAUUCUGAUGAAUCUUUGCCAGGCAAUCGUUAAGACGCAUCACGAUCGCGAGCGAUUGGCAUGAGAUCCGUCAUGAACCCCUAAAAUUUUCAAUUAACAACAACACGAAAUACGAAAAAAUAGCAAAAGAUAAUCUGUUGCACGUGCAAAUGUAAUUCGGCUAUAGCGGGUAGAUCGAUCGAUGAGGGGGAUUCGUAUCUACUUCCUGCUUAUACCAUCCACGCGCAUGCACUUUCCUCCCUACAAACUUUACACGUGAAUAUACACGCCGUUUGCACACGUCGCGACGUUAUGCGAGAAUUGAAAUGAAAGAGAGAGAGAGAAAGGGAGAGAGGAAGCGACGUGGUGCGGUGCGACUUGGUGCAAAAUAAGUGAAGUACUUGGCGCGGCUUCGUGACGAGAUUUUGGGAUAACGAGAUCUUGGCCGACACGGUAUGCAAUUGUGCUCGCGCGUGUACGCGCGCGUGUGUCUAGAAAUAAUUGAAGCGCUGGGAAUAAUAGAACUCCGUGCUACUCUUGACGAAAUUGCGUUUAUACUUCUCGCAUUUCCUGAUAUCAGAUUUUUUAAUUACGCCAGGUGGACACCGACUACGAGCAAUCCGAUGCAAAGUACAUCGAUUAGAAAUUGAUUAAUUAUGAAUCUCGCGGAAUACGGAGACGUCUUCAGGUUUCUGGCGAUCGAGUUUCACUCGUGGCAGACGUCGCCAAAUUAGUUCACGUUUAUUUUCUACUUUGGAAAAACAAGUGUUUUCUGUAUACGAGUACAGUUCUUGAGAAAGAAUUCUCAAUUGCGCUCGUUCGAUUCACCAAAUCGAGCAUUCUCUAUUUUAUCAGCACUAUCUCACUUUUUCGGCGAGCCGUAAUUAUCCUCCGAUGGCCACCGAGAGUGCUUAUAUUUUCGAGAUAUGAAUCGCACCGUCAAUACCGAUCUCGAGCACCUUCAAAUAGUUCGCUAUCGCACUUCUCGAUCCGUGACACAAGCAUUGUCGGACUUAAUUUUGUCCGCGUAAAACAGCAUAACAAAUUUACUCUUGCAUAUCUACUCUUAUGCAACUACUACUCUAUUACUAUUAUUACUGCUACACUACUACUACUGCGACCGCUACUUCGUCUCGAAAUAUCGCGAGAAUUUGCAUUUUCCUUUUUUUUACAACACGAGAAACCGGCUAGUAAACUUUUAUCCAAUAUCGUGCUGCUGCUAAUUUAAUUCGCUUUUCAUUCCCGUUGCUUCCUUUGAUUAUAUUAUAUCAUGAGAAUCUUUCGUCAAGUGUCCUCGAUCUGUUUCCGACAAUUGAUUAUAUUGAUCUGCUCAAUAUUGAUAAUUCCAAAUUAGAGUUGCAUCCACAUGAGCAAAUACGGACUAACAUUUACCGCGCGUUAUUUUCUGUCUUCAGACUUUGAUAAAAUGUGUAAACGGAAGAUAACGAUGAGAUAUCCUUUAAUAGCGUCACGCGAACUGUAUAGCGAGUAUCUUUGUUGAGACUUAGACGUCAUACAAGAGCGGACUUGAGUUCGUCGUCGCGACUCGCUUACGCUGUUUUGGGCAAACGGAAAACUUGGAUCCAUGAACGAGCAUCGUGUGCAAAAGAGAAUAUUACCAUAAAUGAUCAUGGGUGCAUGUGGUUGCCAUUAUCGGUUAUCAUUCGCAGGACUUCACAGAAGGCGAUACCGGUAUCGCCUGAAGGUUCAGGGAAGAAAAACACGAAGGCUAUCGAUUAGAAUAUUAUUUGAGUAAAGUCGCAUCGCGCGAUAGCGUGCAUCCGCAUGGAAAUUUGCGUCGUCGUCUUGCAAAUGCAUCGAUCGUGAGAGAUAAUCGAGCACCGUCUCUCUUACGUUCGUUGCGUUUUAACGCGAACGAUAAAUUUUCUCGCAGGAGUUUUAUUAUCAUUAACGCUGCUUCUCAUAGUGCAAAUAAGUUUUUACAAUGUUUAUAUCGUCAGAUCUAUUAGUAUUUCAUCAUGUAGUCGCGAAAGUUUCGGUUAACAAAGUAUUUCUAAUCGCAAUGUCGAUUGAAAUGGCUUCCACGCACGAGCAAUCAUGAUCACGCAGGAUCGAUGCUAAUAUUUUAUUAUUGAUGUUUGCGAUGAAGGGGAGUACGGCAGAAUAAAUUAUUGCCAUUACACGUGUGUGCUUGAUAAGGAUUUUCGUUGUUCUUUCUCUUGGCAAGGUAUCUCGACCAUUUGUUUCCAGUUGAUAAUGCGAUAUCGAUUGGCGGCUCGCGAUAUUAAGGGCUGUGUCAAUAACAGCGUAGGCGCAUCAGGAGCGUACAUUACAACGUGAUAAAAAGGGUGUUCGUUUCCCCACGCAAAAAUAAUCUUAUCACGCGAUGAAACUUGGCCUUCCGUCAAUUGUGCAGCGUGCGGAACGCACAGUUAUCACUCGAGGAAGAGAAUAAUUUUUAUCGAUCGGCAAUCGCAAUUCUUUAUUGACUUUAUUGACGUAUUGGAAAUACAUGAGCAAUCUUAAUAAAUUGACAUGUAUCUCUCAAUGUAUAAUUCUCGCAAUCCAACAUUAUUUAUUUCGUCAUUGUGCAAGAAGUAAAAUUACAUCCCUACACGUGACGUUCGACUGUGUGCGUCGUGCGCAAAAAAUCGUCGAGGAAGGCUGAACCAUUUCGCGGUAAUCACAAGAUAGAUUACGGUGUGACAAAACACAACUGCAUAACAAUUUCUUGCAGUCUCUUAUGCUCGUACGAUGCGCAUGAAACUUCUCGCGCCGUAACGAGGACGCAUACAAUCCGUGAACAACCUGUCACGAUGAAUUCAAUCGUUUACGAAGAAGACGUUUCACGCAUCCAGUUUAAUUGGCCGACACUAGGCUCCGAUUUUCCAAUUGCCUGCAACAGUAGGAGGUUUGUUGCACCUGCAAGAAAAGCUUUAACCGAUGCGUGCGAGCGCAAGCGUUCUCUGUAAAUAUUAGCGAUAGAUAAUGGAAUAGUUCGUACAUCAUCGUGUUCACCGCAGUGUUUUGGCUCUUUUAAAGCGAUUUUGUUCUCCUCGGAGUAUCUUUGCGUUUUCAUUUGAGGAUCGAAGUUGCACUGACAUUGUUCCUGAGUUUUUGUCGGUGCAAUUUGGUGCUUGAUCGUCUUGCAAACGCUUAGAUGAUGUGUGUGCACGCAGGAAAGUAGGCACAUACACACAAACAUACACACACACACACACACACACAGAAGGACAAUACACAGUACCUGCGGAUUUUUCUCUUCGCGGUUUCAAUUGUAUAUGAACUUUUGUUUCUUUCAAUUCAGUGUUUUUUGUAGAAACGUACAAAUGUCGUCCUAUUUAUAUACGUAGUUUAUUGUUCGGUCCAGCGAUCGAGUCGUUACGCAAUCGCUGUACGCACGCACGCACUCACUCACUCAUGUACACGACGAACGCGCAAUGCGCGUGUCUAUGCAGAUGCUUGUCGAUUAUCGAAACGUUGAAGUUCGAAAUUGCAUCCGGUAUGCGCGCCGAUCGCCUUUAUUAUACUUCGUCUCUCUCCUUUUGUCGCUUUAUUGUUUGUUCUGUAUCUUUUGCGGUUGUUGCCGCUUUGUAAGUACAUCGAAUGUUUCUUAACAUUUUUACCGCUAAGCGUAAUUUAGUUGACGUCCCGUUCACGCCAACUGAAUUGUUAAAAUUCACUGUAAUAUGUACAUAUAAUUCCAUAAGUUUAAUAUAUGAAAAUAUUAAGUUGUUUACAAAUCCACUUGUUAUAUUUUUUUUAUUAUUAAGCAAUUCUCUUGAAAAAGUAAAUAACUGCAUGUUAUAAUAUUAACACAUUUAUUGCAUGCUGGUCAUCGAUGAUUAUCGCGGCGGUGGAUAUGUUAAACGGAAAUUGUGUGGCGCAUUGUGUGGAUGUAGAAUCAAAACGUAUUUAUCAAAGUCUUGAUAAAAGUCUGUUACGUCAGAGUUAACACAACAGUUAUGUCGUGGUGGUUUUGCAAGAACUGUAAGAACAUUGCAAGUAAGAUUUUCCUGUGCAGCAUUUUUGUUUUGCAAAUUUAAAAAAUUGUUUGUUGCUUGAAUUCAAAAAUACUUUCCUUGUAACUCGAGUUCUGACGUCCUCGAUAUUGAAUUAAAAAAAAAGGAGAAGAGGGAAAGAGGGCAGAAUGCCGCAAAGGUCUCGUGGGCGCAUUCGCCGUGUUGACGCGCGACUUCGCGAUGCCGAUUGCUUAUUAUACUCGGAGCAUUCGCUCAGUGACGCCAGAGAAUGCAACUUGGUAAACGCGGAUUUCGCGUCGUCCCACUUCGAAAACGCCACUCUUCCGCAUUGAUCCGUUCAAUCUCGCUCGCCUCGUCUUCUCGACGCGUUAGAUUAAAUUGCACGCGUGGAAAAGCGUUUUCCUCCUUCUCCGUCUUCUUCUUGCUUGCUCGUUCUCGCGAUUCUACGCUCGCGAUUUCUUCCACUCUCGUGGGAGACUUCGUACCCUUCGUAAACAUGAUCGACUUACGUUAUGUUGCGUGCACUCCGUCAUUCUCGGCGCCCUCAGGGCUGCGAAUUAAUCAUUUAUCGAAUGUUGCAUUCAUCGUUGUUGCAUGCACGUAGAAAGGUUACGUUUCUUUUUUCCUAAUCGCGCUUCGUUUUCUCGGUGAUCUUUAACCCGUAAAUAAUUUCGGAUAUUUAUAAUAACGAACAUGAAGAAACACGUACGUUUACACAGUGACCUACAUUUUUCAUAAUACCAGGGAUUUAAAUACUGUCAUACAAUGUUUUACACGCUUGGACAUAGCACCGCAAGGGCAUGAAUUAUUCACAUAUAGCAGAUUGUUUAUCUUCAUAUAUCGGUUGAUCGAUAGUCGUGGGAUGCCGUUGGUGCGACUAGCUCUUUUCGUAUUUGGCGAAGCUCUGGCAGGCCAACAAUAAACAAGGCCACAUGAGGGAAAGCGCUGUAAAACUUAUACCGCGAUAUUUAUGUAAGUUUACAACUGCAAUCAAGGAUUUUUGAAUUCUUUUCAAGGGCGAUGCUUCAAGAAGAAGAAGAAGAAAAAGAAUAAGAAAGAUCAAUAACUUUCGCGUUGCAAACCGAGUGUAUCCGAUUUCGUUCGUGCAAUUUCUGACCGUGAUCAGCAACAAAUUUUCUGCUGAAAUUUGUCACAUCGGUCGUUACUCCAAAUCCUUCAUUUUGUGGUCGACAACAGCCUCGGGAAACUGACGUAACCAGAUACGUAAUUAAUAGUGCGAUGGAACGCGCGCUAUUUAGGAUCCCGCUCAUUUCCAUCCGGAUCUCUCUCUUCGUUUCUCUCACUGUCGCGACGAGUUGCGCUCACUUGCGUAAUCGCCUGGUCUUGUAUAUAUAUAUACAUAUAUAAUACGUCUCUUCUCCGUCGCGAUCUAAUCCCGGGGACUCCGACGCGCGUAUAAAUACGUCGCCUCGAAAAUUCGCGCAUCUGCCAUCGCGCGUUAACGAAGCAAUCGUCGGACGCGCCUCGACUGCCUCGACUGAAUUAAAUUCGAGACAAUUUUGACUGGAUCUGGAUCGUUUAUUGAUAUUAAGCGCUUUUGUUUUGCCAUUACUCAAUGUUAAUCGAUAAAAUAGAAUUAUUAUAUAUUUCUAAUGCUUGGCAAUAUUCAUAACGUUUCUUUUCUUUUGCAUCAAACUUUUUUUGUAUUUAGGGAUACGCAAGUGCAAAAUUAUUUUACGACGCACGAUGCUAUUUGCGUGUUUUGUUAAUAAUGCAAUCUUGAUAAUUGACGCGUUUUUCUUUCGAUUGAAUGCGUACGUAGAUUAAUGGAAACGGAGAAUUGUAUACUCGCGAGACAAUCGCUAGUUGCGGGCUCGUCUCCUCAAUCACACGCUCGAGAGAAUCAAAAUUAAAAUUGAAGCGCUUAGCUCGAUACACAGGGCGAAGCAAGGUCGUCCGAUUUUCACCCGCAAUUAUCAGGGGGAGUUCUCUCUCCGGCUUCAGGUUUUCUCUCAGCAAAGAGAGAGACCGCCCCUUCUUUCAGGUUUCUUUGUAACAUCGCGCGGUUGCUUUUCCAACCCUCGGCUACACGUCGCGCGUCUGUUGGAGGCCCAUUGACUUUUUCUGGACAACGCGAAUUUAACGGGUCAACGCGUUCUUCCCCACGCUGCGCUUUGCGUCACGUAUCCAACCCUCUGUCGUUCCUCUUCAUCGGCGCCUUCGGCACUCGGCUAUCACUUUCUUUUCGUCACGCAGGAAAGACUUCAAGUCUUUGUAACAAAGUAUACCCGCUUGCGAGAAAUAAAUAAAUCAAGAACAUGCAAAUCGUGCCAUGAUCGUGGAAAAUGUAGCACAAAAUACACGUUAUGUCUCUGCUUUUAAUUCGAUCCACACACAAAUUAGAUAUAUAAAUUUCACAACGAUUAUAUAAUCUACCUUUUUCAAUUAUCGUUACUAUUUAUCAAUUAUUAUUUAAUUAGUAAUAAAUUGCAUUUGUCUCGCUUUGAUUUGUUUAUUUUUUGCGAGGUAGAAACGUCGACGGCUUUGUGCUGCAUUCCUCGCGUUUUUUCCGGAGAUUCACGCGCUGCUCGCGUUACGUGCAGCUACGCGGGAAAUAUGGACGCGAAAGGGAAAUGAUUUUAUAACGAGACUCGCACGCGUAACUAUCUCGUCGGUCGGCACACGUAAUAUCGUGUCGUUGGAGCACGAACGCCUUUUGUACUUUUAUACUACAUCAGCAUCGUUACCAGGCUAAUAGCUCGUGUAAUGGGGUUUCAUAGUGAUUAAUCGGAUCGCGGGACGACAGUCGCCGAUUUUGUGCUCGAGCUACAAAGGAAAA